AUGUUAGACCGACAGACAUCUUACAUCGUGCGACGGCAAGGUGAUAAUGUUCGUAAUUUUUAUUUUGUGGCGAUUUUUAACGCACAACGUAUUUGCUCCCAUGAGCCUGCGAUUGUGCAUACACAAUACGGUAAUGUAUCAGGUUAUCAGAUUGAAUUGGCUCGUGUCUUCUACGGUAUUCCAUUUGCUCAACCACCUAUUGGAAUAUUGAGAUGGCAGCCCACAUUACCUGUCACUAAGUGGGACCACAAAGUGAUAAAUGCGACACAACCGCCUCCUGCUUGUUCACAACCAGCAAGUGUAAUAAAUGGCAUUAUUACUCCAAGUACUAUGUCCGAAGACUGUCUAUAUUUGAACAUAUUCACACCAUUGAUUGAAGAUUCGUCACGUGAGAGUCUUCUACCAGUAAUGAUCGUUAUUCAUGGUGGCGACUUUCAGUUUGGCUGGGCGUCACAAUCAAACUUCGAGUCUGAGCGUUUAGUCAAUACAACCAAUGUAAUCAUUGCACUAAUUCAAUAUCGAAUAGGUGCAUUGGGAUUUUUGGCAACUGGGAAUGGUCCCAAUGGUAUUAAAUGUAAUUAUGGCAUACUCGAUCAACGUCUGGCUAUUGCAUGGAUAGAAGCCAAUAUUAAUACAGUCGGACGAGAUCCUAAUGAAAUUUAA